UUAUUUGUCUAAACUUCUCGCUUAUUUCUAUCGAAAUAUAUCUGGAAUUUAAACGAAACACUGAGGUAUAAAUAUCGCUAAGAUGUCGACAAAUAGACCCAAGACCUUUUCGACUGGAAAGGACUCCUUUCGAGCGUCCGCGGUCAGCGGAGACAGCCGAUCCGAGGCAAUGUCCCACAGUGACUCCGAUGACGAAUUGGAGCCCGGAAACGAAGACAAGCCGGCAUCUGAUGUCACCAUCUACAACGCCUACAACAUGGGACCAGCCUUCGGCAAGAAGUUCCCAUUGCCGUACAUUCGCCUGCUGAUGACCCAAGUGGUCAAGGACAAGCUGGCAAACAAGACCUACAAUCAGUCGGAAGCCCUGAAAUGGACCCGCGAGCUCGCCGAUGAUAUCAACACGAAGAUAAAGGGACGCGCUUCAUCUCCGAGAUUCAAGCACGUGGUGAACGUAAUGCUGUAUCAGCAGACCGGAGCCGGAUGUUUCUAUGGCGCCCGCGCCAUUUGGGAUGAGCUUUCUGAUGACUACAUAACCUUCACCUUCGAUGGCGGCAGUUUCGUAUGCAUUGCUACCGUUUUUGGUUGCUAUCAGUACUAAGUUACUUGAUGUUAAAGUAAAAACAUAAGAAAUUGUUUCAGUAUUGUUCAGUUGAAUAAAAUAGAUAUUGAAUUGCAUUGCAAUUGAUUGCCAAUAUAAA